AUCUUUUUGGUAUAAACCUUGAUUCUUCAGCUGUCGAAGUGAGAGGGUUUAAGGAAAAAAGACGCAUCUGUAAAUUCCGGCAUCCCGCCGCUCCUACGCUACUCGAGAUUUAAUCGACGGCAACUAAAACAGAAAAGAAAAGAUGGGGAAGGUAUCGUAUAUGAAGCUUAAAGGUAGUCAAAACCUAAGGCAACGACUACUUCUAUCAACUCUCGCUUCAACACCGAUUCUAAUCGAGGAUAUUCGUGCCGACGCCACCUGGCCUGGACUACUUCCUCAUGAGGUCUCGUUUCUCCGCCUUCUCGAGACAAUCUCCGAUGACUGUCAUGUCGAAAUCAACGAAACUGGGACGAAGUUGAAAUACAAACCUGGGAUAGUGAUGGGUGGAGGAUAUCUUGAGCAUGAUUGUGGAUUGAGUAGAUCAAUUGGCUAUUUUCUGGAACCUUUGAUUGUUCUUGGUUUGUUUGGGAAAAAACCCCUUUCCAUUAAGCUCAAAGGGAUAACAAACGAUCCUAAAGACCCAUCUGUUGAUACAUUCAGAUCAACAACUUUACCUCUAUUAAAACGUUUUGGAGUUCCUUCAGAAGGAUUAGAAUUAAAGAUUGAAAGCCGUGGGGUUGCUCCUAAAGGAGGUGGUGAAGUUACCCUAUCAGUUCCCAUUGUCCACAACAGUUUAAAGGCAGUUACAUGGACUGAUGAAGGUAUGGUGAAAAGAAUAAGGGGAAUUAGUUUUUCAACAAGAGUAUCAGUUCAAUUUGAAAACACAAUGAUACAUGCUGCUCGUGGAAUCUUCAAUCGUUUGCUUCCCGAUGUUCAUAUAUUCACUGAUCAUAAAGCUGGUGCACAAGCUGGAAAUUCGCCUGGUUAUGGGAUUUCAUUGGUAGCCGAAACAACAUCUGGGUGUUUUAUAUCUGUGGACACCACAAAUUCUUAUGCUAGAGGUGAUAAUGAUGAUAAUGAGAUGGAUGUUGAUGAAAAGAAAGAACUUAUGCCACCAGAGGAAGUUGGUGAGCAAAUUGCUUCCCUUUUACUUGGGGAGAUCGAGCAAGGUGGUGUCAUAGAUUCUUCACACCAGGGUUUGUUGUUUCUACUUUGUGCAUUGUGUCCACAAGAUGUAUCGAAGAUUCGUGUGGGAAAGCUUGUGCCUUAUGGGAUUGAGACGUUGAGGAAUAUAAGAGAUUUUUUGGGUGUUAAAUUUGUGAUUAAGCCCGACCCCACGACAGGAACAGUCAUGCUUAAAUGUAUUGGAUGUGGAUUGACAAAUUUGUCAAGGAAAUUGUCUUGAGAUUUUGUAACAUUAAACAUUUCAUGUCGAAUUUUGUUUUUAUUUAUUUAUUUUGAGGCUUCUUGAGACAUGAGUUCAAAUGAGAGAACAGUUUUUCAGAACCAGAUGAUUAGCAUAUUCCUGUAAGAUUUGGUCUUCGAUAUCAUAGAUUUCAGCCUUUUGUAUGAA